AGGAAUGUUUGCAGGAGGAUUGAGAGAGAUGGAACAAGAAGAAGUUCAUAUUCAUGGCAUCACCUACAAUGCAAUGUGUAAAAUCUUGAACUUCAUUUACACUUCUGAGCUGGAACUCAGUGUGAACAGUGUACAGGAAACCUUAGCUGCAGCCUGUCAGCUCCAGAUUCCAGAAGUCAUUAAGUUCUGUUGUGAUUUCCUCAUGUCCUGGGUCGAUGAAGAGAACAUCCUUGAUGUGUACAGACUAGCUGACCACUAUGACUUGAAGCAUUUGAGUGAGCAGCUGGACUCCUACAUUCUGAAGAACUUCACAGCUUUCUCAAGGACACAGGUGUACCGCCAGCUGCCCCUGCAGAAAGUCUACUCCCUUCUCAGCAGCAACCGUUUGGAGGUUAACUAUGAGUUUGAAGUUUAUGAUGGAGCACUUUUUUAUCAUUAUUCUCCAGAGGAACUGGAGACAGAUCAGGUCUCCCUGAUGGAGCCCCUUAAGCUACUUGAGACAGUUCGUUUUCCUCUGAUGGAACCCCAGAUUCUGCAAAGACUUCAUGACAAAUUAAGUCCAUGUCCUUUAAAAGAUACAGUUGCAGAUGCAUUAAUGUACCACAAGAAUGAAUGUCUUCAGCCAAUGCUUCAGAGCUCCCAGACACAGCUGAGAUCAGAGUUCCAGUGUGUAGUGGGAUUUGGAGGGAUGCAUUCUACUCCCUCCAUUGUCCUCAGUGAUCAAGCCAAGUAUCUGAACCCUUUGUUGGGGGAGUGGAGGCAUUUCACAGCUGCACUAGCCCCCAGAAUGUCCAACCAAGGGAUUGCUGUUCUCAAUAAUUUUGUAUAUUUAAUUGGUGGAGACAACAAUGUAAGUGGUUUUCGAGCAGAGUCAAGGUGUUGGAGGUAUGACCCACGACACAACAGAUGGUUCCAGAUCCAGUCCCUGCAGCAAGAGCACGCUGACCUCAGUGUUUGUGUCGUGGACAACUAUAUUUAUGCCGUCGCAGGCCGAGAUUACCAUGAAGACCUGAGGGAAGUGGAGAGGUAUGACCCUAAAACCAACACUUGGGAAUAUGUGACACCUCUGAAGAAGGAGGUGUACGCGCACGCGGGAGCGGCGCUGGAUGGCAAGAUGUACAUCUCGUGUGGCAGGAGAGGGGAGGAUUACCUGAAGGAGCUGCAGUGCUAUGACCCCAGGACUGACCGCUGGGACGUGCUGGCCGACGGCCCNAUUAGGACAGACAUUGCAUUCUUCUCUAUCUUAUCUAUGAUGCAGAAAUACAAAAGAAACGGGGGUUUGUUUAUUUUAUGGCCAGGCUGCAAGUUUAUGGCCAAGGAUAAACUGGCCAAGCUUAUGGAUGAGGAUACCAGUCCAGUUUUGCCUUCUCUCAUUUCUUUUUUUGUUUUACAGGUUGCCUGCUAUAAGCCAAGCACUGAUCAGUGGACAAAUGUGUGCCCACUUCCUGCAGGACAUGGAGAGCCAGGCAUUGCAGUCUUAGACAACAGGAUUUAUGUGCUGGGAGGCAGAUCCCACAACAGGGGAAUCCGCAUGGACUAUGUGCACAUUUAUGAUGCAGAGAGAGACUGCUGGGAGGAAGGGCCCCAGCUGGAGGAUGACAUUUCUGGCAUGGCUGCCUGUGUCCUCACAUUGCCCAGGGCUAUUUUAAUGGAAACAGAGAAGUGGCUCUCAGAGUGGCAUGCAGACAGAAUGAAGCAUCAUCUUGACUUUCCACCAGAAGUUAUGAGUGUAUCAGACUGGGAGGAAUUUGACAACUCAAGUGAAGAUUAGAAAAUUUUAAUUUUUUUCUUUUUUGCCAGUGGAUGAAGAAAUGAAGGCUUGGGGAAAGUACUUGAGAGAUUUUAUAUGUCUUUCUUAUAUCAUAAAAGUAUUUAAAGGUUUUAAAAAGAAGUGUUUCGCACAAAAUGCCGUUCACAGUCAAUACCUGCCCACCUGCAAGUGUCCUGCACAAAAUGCACUGGCAGUCAGUACUGCCCCCUGCCAGAAAGCAGCGUUUUUACAGUAACCACACAACUGCCAUUUCCCCCUUGUAGAGAGGUUCUUGUACUCUGAAGGAGGCUUUUCUCAGCCUUCAGCAUGGACAGAAUAAAAGCACAGAAGGCUCAGCUUGACUUGCUUCUUUCCUUCCAGCUUUCAGCUCAAAAUAGCUUCUUGAGAUUUUUUUUUUUUCUUUUCUUUUGGGUAAUAAAACUUCCUAGCCAGCUUAAUACAGGAAGGUAACACCUAGUGCUGCCCUCCUGUGCCAGGUGUCAGACAGCUUGAUUAGGUUUCCAGCAGGAGUGAACGUACAGAAACAGGAAGAGUAGCAAGUCUGAACCUUCAUCCCAUCUGGGCAUGCAGCCAUCCCUGGAACUGGCUGAGAGUCUGUGAACUGACACCCACUCCUGAACUUCUAUACUGCAAGUUCUGUCAACACAGUGGAAAGGAGAUUUCUAGAAAAAUCUCUCUGUACAGAAUAUGGCAAUUUCAUCAUUUCCUGGUCAGACACAUUUCAUUGUUCUCAACCAGAAAUUAAUAAAUUCUUGUCAGAACUUUUUUAA